UCUCCCCCGUGUCUCGCGGGUGAAGGAAGUAAAAAACACAUGGGAGGAUUGAUUUAUUUGUUUUCUCUGAUUUCUUGACCGAGAGUUCGCGUCAGUUUGUGUCAGUGACGUGGAAAAGUCUCACUGUAGUUUCUGAAAGUUUAGUUUAGUUCGCGUUUAACUACGUUCAUUUGGUUUCAUUUAUUUAUUUGUUUACUUGUUUUAAAGUUGGACCUUGAACGCAGCACGACCUCAGCAGACGUCGUUGAUAGUGGACGAUGUCUCAGGCCGCCGCCCCCCCGGUUCUCUGUGUGGCCCCCUCUCGGGCUCUGGUGGACGAGAAGAUCACGGUGCUGGUGGAGAACCUUCCUCCAGGUUCUCCGGUCACCGUGCGCUCGCACCAUCACUCUGACGACCAGGACGACUGGGAGGCUUACGCUCACUACGUCAGCGACCACAGAGGAGUCGUCUCUGUUUCAGACGACAUGAGUUUUGGGGGAACGUACUCGGGGGUUGAACCCAUGGGUUUGUUGUGGAGUUUGCGUCCCGUCCCAGGAAGUCGCACGGGCCUCAGGUUGAGAAAGAAGAACGUCUGCACGCCGCUGCUCUUCCACAUCUCGGUGCACAGCGGACAUGAGGGCUUCAGGGAGCGGCCUCCUCUGGCGUCGGCGCUCAUCGAGCGCUGGUACGUGGCGCCGGGCGUCCAGAGGAUCGACGUCAGUGAGAGAGGAGUGAGAGGAACUCUGUUUCUGCCUCCAGGUCCAGGUCCGUUCCCCGGGGUUUUGGACAUGUGGGGCGGCGGUGGCGGGCUUCACGAGUACCGCGCCGCCCUGCUGGCGUGUCACGGUUACGUCGCUCUGGCGUUGGAGUAUUUCAAACCCGGAGAGCUGAAGUCGACGGAUCUGGAGUACAGCUACUUUGAGACGGCGUUCAACCUCAUCCAGGAACAUCCUCGAGUGAUGGCGGACAGAGUCGGAAUAUUAGGUCUUUCCCUCGGCUCCAGUUUGGCUUUGUCUUUGGCAGCUGAGAGCAAAACAGUCCAGCCUCGUGCCUGUAUUUGCAUCGGCAGCAACCACUGCAGUGGGAGGAGCCUCAGCGGGAGCCCCAUGGUGUUGAUCACGAAUCCGGAGGGGAUGCGCGUGGACGAGAACAACCACCACAUCUGGAGAGACAUGGCUUUGUCCAUCCUGGAGGACGAGUCCAAACUGGUGGACGUUGGGAAAAUGAGUUGUCCUCUGAUGGUGGUCAACGGUGCUGAUGAUCAGAACUGGCCCUCAACAGAAAUGGCUGACGACAUCACUCGAAGGAUGCGAGCAGCGGGGAAAGAGCACCUGUUGACCAGACUGGAAUAUCCUGACGCCGGACACCUGAUCGAGCCGCCGUUCUCGCCUCACUUCAGAGCGACAAACUUCAUGGUACCAGGCAGACAAAAAGUCAUUCUGUUGUGGGGCGGUCAAACCAAACCGCACUCGGACGCUCAAGAAGAUUCCUGGAGGAAGAUCCUGAGCUUCCUGCAGCAGCAUCUCUAUGGCAACCAGUGUCCCAAAGCUAAGCUGUGAGCUGAGACGUUAGCAUCAGCGAGGCCUGCUAGGAAAACUGCUGCUGAUAACGACCAAGUCUGGCGUACAGAAUAUGAACUUGACUCCUCCCACUGUGUUUCUACUCAUCAUCUUCACAAGGAUCGCACAAAAAAAACUUCAACACUAACACUAGCAAAGUUUGCUAGAGGUAUCGUGGUACGGUCUUGUUUGGUUUGUACGGUUUGAGCUUUAACACAAAUGACAAGCUAACAUGCUGGAAAACUAAAAUGAUUUCUUAAGCUAGUACCCGUUCUGGAAUAUUGGCUAGCACUCACAUAGGAAUAUUAGCAUACAAUAAAAUACAUUUCAGUUAGCACCCAGAGGGAAUAUUAGCACAUCAUGAUUUGUCCGGCUAGCACCUGUUCUGGAAUAUUAUUUCUUUGGCUAGCACCCAUGAAAUAAAGUUAAAAAAAAUUUGGCUAGCAUCCAUGCUGGAUUUUCAGCAUAACAUGAUUUGUCUGGCUAGCACCCAUAUUGAAAUAUUAGCAUACAUUUUUUUAAGCUAGCAUCCAUGCUGGAAUAUUAGUGUCUCAUGAUUUGUUUUACAAGCAGUUCUGGAAUAUUAGCAUAAAAUGAUUUGUUAAGCUAGAACCGGUUCUGGAAUAUUAGAAACACGUUAUUUCUUUGGCUAGCACUCAUGAAAUAUUAGCAUACAGUAAUUUAUUUAUUUUUUCCAGCUAGCAUUCAUGCUGGAUUAUUAGCACAACAUGACUUGUUUUGUUGCUGACAAAGUUGAUGAUAAAUCGUAAACAUUGA